GCGUAUGUGAGAGGGAGAGAUAGUGCCGUGCACGUACGUGCAUAAAAGUGACGCGGUUGUGUGCGUGUGUGCAGGUGUACGCGUGGUGCAGGCCGCCGGUGCAAAAAGUGCAGUGCCCAGUGGACUUUUCCAUCCCGUGACCAAGAGGUGCGUGCGCUGCUUCGACGAGUAGGCACGUAUACACCGGUCUUUCGGCGUGGACCGGAUCGGUGAAGGAAUAGGAACACUUGGUAUCCUCGGUUUUUCCCCGAAAAACGUGCCCCGGGAACGGUUCAGCGUCGAUUCGAGCAUCCCGGAGGUGUCAGAGUUCAGUAUCGUCGAUAGAAGAACCUGGGGAAGCAUCGAACGAUUAUCUUUCGGGAACACGGGAGGCCACCAAGGAGAAAAAGGUUAUAUGCGUGGCGAGAACCAGCAACGAGGUGUACCAGUUGUCCGGCGGCGCUCUGCCUUACCGACGGAUCCCACCGUCGACUCACCGAUGGUAAAGUGCCUCCACCAAGCGAUCUAUCGGGGAAAGAAGAACGCGAACGAAAUCGAGGAGGCAGACGCACCAACCGCAGUCGCGGACUUUUGGUAGUCGCGAUAAGGGCGAGAGCGCGGAUGUGUACCGUUUCGUAAUCGAUAAUCUGUGCGGCGGAUCGUUCGAACAACGGAGUACGUUGGGUUACGUGAAAACGUUUACGAUCCACAACGAUCUACGUGAAAGUUUCGUGACUGUCGGUGAGAUCGAGGCAUGUUUUUACCGCGAACCGUGCUGACGGAGAUUUACGCCUCGCAACUGUAUCCAACGUGUCUCGAAUUAACGAGCCAUCAAGACUGAUUCGAAGUAGCCGAAAACCAUUUAGUGGUGGGACAGUUUUCACGCAUGGCUGGAUUACGAUUACCUAUCGCCCCCAUUGGAGAGAAUUGACCGUAUUGGUGAACCGCCGUCGAUCCGAUCGACGAGGGGGACCUUGUUGGGGUCCACCUGGAGUCGCUCUGUCGUCGAGACACGAGGAUCUCUUUCUGGGUCUGCACGGCCGCACGAGGAGGGACUACGUUGAAAAUCGUUCGGUGUCGUUGCUUGACGAAACCGGUUUCGUUCGGCUCGGCGAAUCUCGACGUUUAUACAAAGGUCGUGUGUGCCCCGCGCUAGAGAGAGACACAAACAGAGAGAGAGAGAAAGAGAACGAGGGAGAACGUGUGGUAGGAGCCGAGAUUUAUGGAAAACGAAUUUACACGAGGUCACACCCACGGGAGCGACUCUAUCUCCAUCUCUCUCCCCCCUUUUUCCACUUCUUUAUACGUGCGUAUCCGUCUAUUUCCACUUCGAUCGAGUUUAAACGCGGCUACGAAAUCGUUGGGAUCGCCUCGAUGGAAAGGUUAACGUUUGAAUUUUACCGAUCGUCGUUCUCUCUCUCGUCUCGGUUCUCUCUCUCUCCGCGCGGUAACGUACAACGGAAUAUUUCCUGCCCGAAGAUAUCGGCGAUAAGUUAACGAUCGAAGCGUUGGACGAAAUGCGAGUCGUGGAAGUUGCAACGUAACCCCCCUCUCCUCUACCCCCCUGUUCGAGAGGUGUGUGUUUGGAAGGGACGAUGACGGGUCCGAGGAGGGCUCAGGACUCCCCGGAAAGCGGAAACUUGGCGGAACAGGAGUUUCAGAAAACCUAGUGGCUCGACGGAGGAAAGGUUUGAUGAUUGUGAUCAUUGGCCCGAGCGAUGAAGCGGGCGACAAGCGCAUCCGCCGCAGCUGCGACCGCUGCUUCGCAGGUGCAGCAGCCCGCGGUCAGUUUACACGGCCGGAUACACGAUCUCCUUAGCCCGAUAACGGCGGUGGGUGGCAGCGGGGACAGGGAGGAGCACGAGAAGAAAUCCAGGACGGGCGCGACGACGACGAAAGCAGCGGUAUCGUCGCCGAAGAGAACCACCUCGAGCGAUGACACCAAGUCCAAGUCCACGGCCAUGUCGCGGCUGUUAGCCGUAGACGCGGACAACUAUAUGCUGCGCAAAGGCGCCGGGACCACGACGACGACGAGCACCGUGGCAGCCUCGACGUCCUCAGCGUCGUCGACGAUCGCCAGCCAGGCCGCCAUCGCCACAAAUUUGCAACUGCAUCGCGACACCAGGAAGCGACAGUUCCUGACCAACGUCGUCACCAGCAAUGUUACUUGCAACGAGAUCCAAAUGACCCCCUCGACGAGCUCCCCCGGCGAGGAUCGAUCCAGGGGGACCGUCGCGUUAUCGAAACGGUACCCCAAUCAACAGAGCUCGGUAAACAGCAACUCCUGCGCCGUUGUCACCGUCACCGCCACCACGUCCUCCGUUUCCACGAGCUUGACGAACGGUAACGCGAUCGUCAGCCAUCGCGUUACCGGCAGGUCGAACGUGUCCACCUUGAACGAGGAACAGAACGCGAGGAAAUCGGCCGAGGAGGCGGCCCGCGAGUACGACGAGCUUUGGAAAGGGUUUGUUUCGUGCGCGAGGCCAGUGUCGUUUCAUCGAUACGUGUGCUGGUGCGAGGGUGGCGUGCAACAAAAUCGCGACGCGUCGAAACCGAUCGGUCACGAGGGCUCGGGUCCCGGUAGCGGGCAGCGCGCCCUUGUCAAGGGCAAAGGAGGCGGCCUCGAGCCGCCCCCGCUCGAUAGAACAUUCGCUAAACUCGGACGUAAUCCGUGCUGCUGUUGCAUGUGCGGUUCUGUAUGUCCUGCAGAGUGCCAUGCGUGCUUCCACGUGGUCUGCUCCGAGCACAGCGGGCAGCACCUCUGCCAAUGGAGUAGCAAGGGUCACGCGCUACCGGGCCAACUUUACGACAAGGAUAAGUCCGUGAGCGAGUGGUCGUCCCUAAACGUCGUCGAAUGGAUGGCUGCUCUAAAUUUGUACCGGUAUGCGGAUGUUUUCAAAUCUAAGGACAUCAAGGGCAGUGAUCUUCCCUACCUGGACCGGGAUAAGCUCUUGAACAUGGGCAUCAAAGAUGAGUUCCAUCAGAGAAACAUUCUGGCCUGCAUCGAGGAGCUCUGUCAGCCCUCUCCAAAGCCUGCGUUACCGGAAGCCACGAGCACACCGGUCACACCGACCACCGCGUCCAUCGUGGGCACCGAGUCCGUAGGUAGCAGCGGCGUCGCGACGACUGGCGUCGCGCACACCCUGAUACCGCAGAGCUUCAGCGCGCUGGAGAAGUGCAGCAAGUGCCAUAAAUAUCUCAGAGGCCUGCUGCAUCAAGGCUUCCUUUGUCUAGAUUGCGGGCUGGUCGCGCACAGGACGUGCUCAGCGACGGGUUUGCCCUCGAACUGUCUGCCGGUCGACUCGGAAAAUCGCGCACAAAGAUUCACUUCAGUGUUCGGUCUUGGCCUGUGCUCGCAAUUCGACGCAUCCACGCGCCCGGCGCCGGUCUUGGUGGAACGGUGCACUCGUGCCUUGGAGGAGAAGGCGUUCGCGGACAGCACAUUGGAUUUGUACAAAGUUUACCACAGCAGCCCCCCGAACGAGCAAACGUCGGAAUUGCGACAAAAGUUGAACGAAGACGUCUGCCAAGCUGAUUUAAAUUCGUAUACCCCACAAUGCAUCGCGAGCGUCCUGAAGAAGUUUCUACGGGAAUUGCCCGACCCUGUGAUUCCCGUACAGUUCUACGAUAGGUUUAUAGAAGCUUCGAAUAUUAGAAAUGACGAGCAGUGCGCGGCUCGUUUGGGACAGCUGGUCGCCGACCUUCCCGACCACCAUCGCAGCACCCUGUUCCAUUUGAUGGCCCAUUUCUGUCGAAUCUGCCAAUUACAGCACGGGAGAGGGUACACGGAACCCCCCACCAUCCUCACUCAAGUCUUGUGCCACAUUUUCCUUCGACCACCUUGGGAACGAAUUCUACAAAUCGUUCACAAUAUCGAGGCGCACAUACGGAUAAUGGAGAUGCUGUUGCUGCACGGCGAAUGGAACGAAAGACUGCCCCAGUUCGCCAGUCCACCUCAGCUGCCGCCGCGAAAGGUCUCGAGACCGCAGUUUCCGGUUUUAGACGCGUACUCCGUUCUGGAGGAAGACAGUUCCAUGGACCGAUCGUCCUCGUCGAACACGGACAACAAAGAGCAACAGCAACCGCUCAGACCACGCACGCUCCAGGAGGCUGAGUGGUACUGGGGAGACAUCACCAGGGACGAGGUGAACGAGAAGAUGAUCGAUUCUCCAGAUGGCACCUUCUUGGUCCGCGACGCGUCCUCCAAGGGCGGCGAGUACACUCUGACGUUACGCAAAGGCGGGACCAACAAGCUCAUCAAGAUUUGUCAGAGGAACGGGAAAUACGGCUUCUCGGAGCCGUACAACUUCCAUUCGGUCAUCGAGCUAGUGGACCACUACAGAAACUGUUCCUUGGCGCAGUACAACUCGACCCUGGACAUUAAACUCUUGUACCCAGUGUCCAGGUUUCUACAAGAUGACGAGAUAGCGAGUACAACCGACAUGACGAACGUCGCCCAGAAAUACGUGGAGCUCGACAAAGACAUCACCCACGCGUUGACGGAGUACAAGGAAUUUUCUGAAUUGUACAACAGAACGGCCUACGAGGUGCAGCUGAAGCGACAAGCGUUGGAAGCUUUUGCAGAGGCCAUCAAGAUGUUCGACGAGCAAAUGAAGCUGCAGGAAAAGUUCCAGAAGGAAGCACAACCCCACGAAAUCUCAACUUUAACCGACAAUGCUGACUUGUUGAAACGAAGACUGAAAUCUUUAGAAGAUAGCAAGGAUCAAUUGGACCGUAGCUUGAAGGAACAGAUAGCGUACAACAGGACGCUCGAACGAGAGAUGCACAAGUUGAAGCCUGAUCUACUGCAGCUCGUACGCCAGAGGGACAAGCAUCUAAUAUGGUUGAAGAAGAACGGCAUGAAACAGAACAAGAUAAACCAGCUAAUGCUGAACCAUUCGCACUCGAACCCCAUGCUGGGCGACUUGGGCUACGGGGAUCUCCAAGAAGUGGACUUGGAAGUUCAUUUCGACGAGAAGACGUGGCUGUUCCUGGAGUGUUCCCGUUCAGACGCUGAUCAUUUGCUCGUCGAUCGGCCAGAAGGUACCUUCCUCGUGAGGAUAUCGAGGACCGGGCAGUACGCGCUGUCGAUCAUGUGUAAUGGUACGGUGAAUCAUUGCAUAAUUUACGGCACUGAGCGCGGUUUCGGGUUCGCUGAACCGUACAACAUCCACAAGAGCCUGAAACAUUUGGUGCUGCAUUACGCUCAGAACUCCCUCGAGGAGCACAACGAGAGUCUGAGCACGACUCUAGCCUAUCCGGUUUUCGCUUCGCCCGCGGCGCUGGCGCAGCUGCAGGCGCAACAGAUGCAGCUGCAGAUGCAGAUACACACGCAGAAUCAGUCGCAGACCGCGCGUCCUGCCGACAACCAGCACAUCGCGCCGUACACGUAAUGCUCGCGCGGCGGUCCACCGACGUGGCCAAGUAUUUAGAAUACACCGUACACGCGUGUACGUUUGCAAGUUUUCUUGGUUGACGCCAAGCCACGACCCACGGUCGAUCCCCCAGAAGAUGUUUCUUUUGGUGUCGAUCGCGCGACCUCAACGAAGCACAGUGGUAUCGAUAAAAAGAAAAACAGCGGAAUCUACGGUCAUAGAACGAUCCACGACGAUCGACAGGACCGAAACUGCAUCGCGUCAAAUUAAUUUCUCAGCGUCCUGUCGACGACGAAAGAGACAGUUUUUUCUUUUAUUUUUUUUUUCUCCCCCUCCCCCAAACUUUUAGCAACUCGCUGUCAAAUCUAUUCUCCCGAGGGAGGAUCGUACAAUUCCGAAUUGCACUCUUCGAUGCUCGAUCGAAUAGGUCAGAAUAGCAAAGAAUAAAAAUCAGGGUUGUCGAGAAAUUGAGAAAAGAUAUUUCUGACUUGUUCGACGUGCUCUUUUUCGCGAAUGCGUUACCUCCGUUUUUUGCACGAGCAUCGUUUAUUGACGAUCUACGGGAGCUGGAUCUUCAGUGAUAUUAGAAUAUAAUUAGCAUUGCAUGGGGGCGAGCCUCUCGAACACGGUUCUUUUUUUUUUUUUUUUUUUUAAGCAAUUUACAAUGAUUCUCUUUGUAGCGUUUUGGAGAAAGAGAAGAACAGAGGCUCGGUGUCGAUUUUUCAACUAUGGCUCCCCGUACGAUCGCGAAAACGUGUGCUCGUAGUUCACAACGAAAUUCCACCGCGGAGGCGCGCGUUUAGAGCCUUUUUAAACGAUGUUCACGAUUUCAAAGAUUUGCUCGAGAAUCGUUUCUCGAAUUAAAGCGAACGUAUUUGUCUGUGAUUUCGGAUUGCCGACGCGAGAGAUAUAUCGUGUGUUUAUUGUUUUCCCCCUAUUCGUUCUUAAACGAUGUUUCACAUUAUUUUUAAUUUUUUCAUUACUAGAAAGCGCGUACGAUUAUUUCAAGAUGGCGUCGUACGUACACUAUGGAUGGAUUUGUGCAACUCGCGACCGUAUAUUACGGGAACGAUGUUCGUAAUUUUAUUGUUUAAAUCGCAGUUUUUUCUUUUUUUUUAUUUGUCCAAAUCGCGCGUCGCGUCUUUGAGUCACGCGUGAAAAUACGUGGCAAUUUUUGAUGUUCGUGGUAUUGUUUUGGGUGUUCGAUUUUCUCUACCAUUUUUAUGGUAGAAUUUGUAACGUUCGAGCCCAAAUAAAACGCAGAUACACGAUUUUUACAUUUCGUUACCGACGUCGUGUUUGUAUCGAUGAAUAAUAAUUUUUAUUAUUCCAUUAACGAGAUUCGGGAAGUGAGCGCUGCUCAAACACGAGUGUAUCGAUCGCGAAUUUUCAAUACCAUCGAUUUCUUUUUUUUUUUUAAAGAAAAAUUGCUACGUAUUUUUUUCUGCAAUUCGCGUGUGAUUUGGUGUGUUUCCCGCUUCGUAGAUCGACACUCACGCUGUACUCGAAUGAUCUCAAAGGUGUUUCCGUCGAUCGUUGGGGCGGACCGGAGCAACGAAAAGAAUUUUCGCGACUUUUGGUAGCGGAAUUUUUAACGAAAAGGGCUCGUUCUCGAGAAAUUUUGUGCAUUACACAGCGGUCCGUAAUCGCAAAAGUGUAUCGAGAGCGAUCCACAGAGGGGAAAUAUAGUGAAUGGAGAAACACGAAGAUACUUUUGGUUGUCAAGGUUCCCCCACGCGAUCCACGCCAUCACCGUAGUCAGAAAAAACGAAUCCAAGUCGAUUGAACGAGUGAGAAAGAAUCUCGAGCUGGAAACGGUCCUCUGAACCGCGACGUCGCGUUAUUUUAAUCAAUUACACGCGACAAAAAAAUGAAACGACGUGGAUGCAUGUGGAGGGGGGAUGAAGGUGACGCGUUGCACGGAGAAAAAGGCUCGUUGCUCAUCCUAAUGGCUUCGAAUUACUUAGAUUUAGGUAGCGUAGGUUUUUUAUACGACAACAAAAAAAACACAAAAAAAAAAAAUUAAAAAAAAAAUAAAAAUAGUGUCUCGGCGCUCGAUUGGAUUCUAUAUAUUUUGUGAUCGUCCGAUCGAUCGUUUAACCGUCUUCUUUCGCGUCGAUGUCGGUUUUGUUCGAAAUUCAGAAAUUUCUCAAUUCAGAAAAUGGCGCGAAGGUUCGACGAAGACGCAAGACUCGCGCGGAGAACUCGUGGACAAAGAUCGCGAAUGUUUUCGAAUUUUAGGAACGAGUCGAGAUAAUAGAAUCUUCGACGAGAAGAAAUAUAAUUUUCCCCCCCCAAUGGACGCGAAACGCCACGUUUCGAUCGACAAGAUCGUCUGUCCUCGAGUUCCUCGGCGAGUCUUGCUUGUCAAGAAAUAACACACACACACACACACACACACACACAUACACGAGAGAUACAGAGAUGCAUAAUGUGUAAUGUGCAAUUAAACACGACACGUUUGGUGACGAUGUAAUACAUUGAACGAUGAGAAUAUAUGGAAAAGAAAAUGGAAGGGAAAAGGUGCGCGUGCGCGCACGCACGCGCUUUUAAUUUCGAAAUAAAUCUUUAAUUAUUUAUAAUAUGUACGGUACGGUACGUUAUAUUCAUAUAUAUAUCUCAAAAUCGUGAUAUGUACUGUUCAAGAGGCGGGGUCAACGAACGUUUGAGAAAUUGUAUUCGCUGGUAGAUCGUCCGUAGAUCUUUUUGUAACGAACCUUGGAACGUGUCUAUUUUUCAGUUCGAGAGGAAUUUUAGGUGGUUAGUGUUAAGGUCUCAGCGUCGAGAAGGUGCUUUGGAGCAACGCUGGGUGCUCGGUAUUUAGGGCUAAAACGUGUGUGCAACGAAUAAAAUGAUGCGUGCGUGCGUGCUUGUGCUGAAUCACAAAGAUUGAAACGAAGAUAUUUGACAGAAAACGAAGUUGAAAUUACUGGAACGCAUUGAAGAUAGUUUUUGUUGAAGUCGAUAGGUAAAAGUUUGCUCGUUCUUCGUGUGCUCGAGCUGCAAUUAUUAUACUCUCACAUUGCUUUGGAUAUAUUACUUUUAUACUGAUUUAUUAGGAAUAGUAAUUAGCGUUGAUUUUAAGAUUUAUUUUAAACGCAUUCGAAAGAUUUAAAUGAGGUGCAAUGCUCGAGCAUAUCAAGAACGUUUAUGUAUUGACUUUUGAAAAAUAGCGUGUCCUUGAAAACGAGUGGACUGUUUGUUAGGCGUGUGUUGGAGGCAGAGUGUCCAAAAUUUUGUAAACAAUUGCAGAGUACUCUUUUCCUCUUUCUCUCUCUCUCUCUUUCUGUUUCUCCGUUGCAUAGAAAGGAACGAAAACGAUUUGUGGAGGUCGAUGAGACAAAGUUUCUCUUUUUUAUCGCCUCCACCCACGCACAAGCUAGAAAGAGACCCCAAUGAUCUCCCAAAUACUGUUCUCUCUCUCUUUCUCUCUCUCUGAGCAUUGUUUACAAAAUUUUGAGCAGUCGUUGCACUCGACGCGCGCCUUUUGUAGCAUAAUAAAAAAUCGUACACGGUGAUCUUCGACGCAAAAUGCAAUGUAUAUACCCCCCGAGUCAGUGUGAAGCUGUUUUUGUAUAGAGGACAGGAGAUUUGGGAAUUAAACGCGGACUUCUCGGCAGGACCGGUUCGACGAAGCCUCAGCGGAACAAUUAUCGCGACGAUCGUUCGAUUCGACGAACGGAAGGACACAGACCCGGAAGGAGCGACAGAAUCACGGGAUUCGAUGGACAGAAAACUUUUUUGGGGAGACUGAGAGAGAGAGAGAAUUUUGAAAAGAAAUGACGUGUAAAAGUUGCCUUAGCUUUUGUACAAGAGGUGUGAGAGAGAACGAAGAAAUUGCAGAGAAAAAGAGAGAAGGAGAGAAAGAGAGAGAGAGAAUGCAUGUGGAAAGAGGAGAAUUGUAGAGAUUUCUACGGGUGCGAUACGUCGAUUCGUCGAAGCUGGAUUCUAUGACGAAAGUGAUAAAAGACGGUUUAAUCUAGCAUUAAUAUCCCCUGUACGGCUCGCAACGAAGAGAUUUUGCACGAAAAAAAUACAUUGAUAAUCAAAUCGGUAUCGAUAAAGUUCGAUUGUAUCGCUGCAAUUCCGUAAUAGUAAUAGUUAAUAGCGAUUCUUGUAUUCUCUGGUCGCGGUCGGUUUCUCGAGGAACUCUCGUCGGGAAAUUUUUCUACGGACGACAGAUUGGCGCGCGAGCUAGCGGCCGGAAUAUUAAUAAAUUUUUCUAACAUUGGCAGCAAUAUUUUGGCGAUUUUUUAUUAGUUAGGAGGCAAAACUCAGGUUCCAGUUACUAUGAGAAUAUUUACCUAACGAGCUGUCGUAACAGAGAUGUAAUUUAAGGUUUACGAUACACAUAUACGUCCUUAUUGCGAAACCAAUGAAACGUGGAUUCGAAUUCCUCUUUUUGUAAACGACUUUUUAAAAAUAGACGCCAAUAGGAGGUAGACGUAUAAGGGGAGAAGAUUCUUUUACGAACGAAUCCUUGUGUCUGCGAUAAAUAUUUAUCCCAGGCACAAUAAUUUAUUUGUUAGAGAAUUGUUCUCGACGCCGCUGUAUGCCAGAAUCGUGGCCAGACCGGGAGUAUUUGUUCACGGGUGCGUGCGCUUGGUAGAGGAAUGGCUGAGAACGGGAUACGAUAUUAUAUAAAUAAGAGAAUCGUGUAAUACUCAUUGCAAUUUACCCAUUGAUCGCGUUUAAGUCCAGAUCUCUUCGGGAAAGGACGAUUCGUUAGACGUGUGUUGCUGAAAUGGGCAUUGUUUCAACGACGAAUAUGCAAUUUUUAAAAAAAGUCAAUGUUUUUCAACGUGUUCACUGUCUGUGAUCCGUAUAUGGGUCACACCACCGUGCUAUUUGAUACGUCGCUGCGAAUUUGGACAGUAAACGCGUUAGUACUCGUUCUAAAGACGUAUUACAGAAAUGGGUAUCGUUUCGACGACGAAUUUGCAAUCUUAACAAAAAACAGUCAAUAUUUUUCAACGCGUUCGCUGUCUGUGACCCGUAUAUGGCUCACACCACCGUGCAAUUUGAUACGCCGCUGAGAGUUUGGACAGUGAAUGCGUCUACGUUUGUUCUAAAUAAGCUCAGAGUCUAUCUCGAUGCGCGAAACAGUGGAAAAUGGCGUAAAUAACGACACGCGUGGGAUCCACCCUCUGUUUUGCACCGUAUUGCGUUUCCAUUCGAGCGUGCAAUAUUUGCACAGAGCUCUACGAGAGCUCCCAGAGACUCCAUGCGUUACUUUCGCGUUAAAAUUCAUGUCACUUCGUGGAAAAUGAUUACUUCAACGAAAUAUUGCUCCAGAUCCUCAGCCACGUCUAUCGUUGGGGGACGCGUACGCGAUAAACACGAUUUCAAGACGAUUUCGUCUCACAGAUCCAUGAAACUUCUUAAAAUCACGCUAGGACGGCCGAUAGAUUCGCGCACGUCCAUUUUUGGAUCCUUGCCAGUCUUUGUUUGUUGUAUUACGGAUCGUGUAAGACCGCGAGUGUGUGUCGGUGGGCAUUGGGACGCCUUUGUGCGAGCGAGAAACGUAUGCGAAUGCAAUAUUAAUCGUGAAUCAUUGAUUAACGUUUAGUGUAUGGGGGGGAUCGUAUUUUGGGCGGCGAGACGAAGCAGAAAGGGUUUCAGAAUUGCAGAUAGAGCUGAAGCGAGAGGGGUGUGUGUGUGUGAGUGUGCAGCGAGGGGUUCGAGGUGUUUAAAAAGUCAGGAUCGAUACACGAUGAUUACGUUAUUGACGAAUGUAUGCUGUCCCACUGUGAUAAAACUUUUGUUUUUGCAUGUAAAAUAUAAUAUUAUUGUCGUAAGUAACGAGGAGUAAGAAGAAAAAAAAAUAAAGCAUAUAUUAUGGUGCAUAUAUAUAGAUGUAUGCGCGAUCUUAGAACGAUCUAUGUAUGUACCUAUAUAUCUAUAUAUGUGCAGGUACACAUCACACGUGAGCAUACAUACAUUGUGAUCGAGCGUGCACGCGGUAAAAAAGAAUGGUGCAUGCCCGCUACAAAGAAUAGAAAUUUUUUUUUUUUUUAGUUAUCGAGUCCGUACCGCCUUCAUGCGCUUGCGACGAACGCGAGACGAUUGUUCGUUGCUCGACGAAAAGAUGUUCGUUUCCCUGAAAGCGAUGUUCACUUUGUUCGAGAGUUGUAAAGCCUUUUUAAUCGCGGUGUAACGAAGAAAAAGUAUGGAAAAAAAAAGGAGAAAAAAAACCGUAACGUUUAAGAUGCGCCACUCGCGUUCGACGAGAAAGAAUUGGAAUUGUGUGUUCGAAUAUGUGUGUGUGUGUAUCUGUGAUUUUGACGAGGCUAACAAAGGGAGCGAGCGUUUGAUAUUCGAUGAAAUUUUACACGCGUAUAAAUUUACUUUAUAUUAGAGUGCGAAAUUUAUGUUCGUUUUAAUCGGUACACGUGGAAUUUUGAUGAAUUUUAGGGCGUCUCUCAGGUGCAUGAAAACCGGCGGUGACAAUGAAUGUUUACUCGCUUUUUCGCGCAACGGUCAUCCUCAUAUUGUACCGUUUAUUUGGUAGUUCUACCAUGUAAAACCAUUUAUAUUUGCAUAUGAUUAAUAUGUUUUACUUACAA